AUGCUUAUCGACGGUCAUAAGUGGGCGUGCGAAGCUUGUAUACGGGGCCACCGUGUUACCAGCUGCAAACAUCAUGAUCGUCCACUGAUUCGCAUCAAGCGUAAAGGCCGUCCUUUCGCAACAUGUACAAUGUGCAAUGCAACGCCAUGUACAUCUCCAAUGGAGCACGCGCGCGCAAAACGUGACGCAGAGCUCAAAUGUCCUUCAAAAAAAGCCUCGAGCCACGGAAGACUCUAUCCGCGUCAAAAUCCGAACGGUUUCCUCCCGAUUGCCCCUCGUCCACGUCCUAGUCCGUCGAGGUCGAUUUCGGGUCCUGCGGGCGGGGAUUCUCUCCCAACCGUUGCGACAAAGUCGAAAUCUAGGUCCGGGUCAAAAUCGGGCUGUUCGAUCUCGACGGCUUCGUCGCCCGGGAAGACCAUCUACAGUGAUGCUGUUGGGGCGGGAGACUGGUCCGGCUCGGAGGGCUCUAUGUCGGCCAUGCCCUCGUCGAGACAAACCGUGUCUUUCUCGGGGUCAGUUAUGCCGGGUAUGGACUCGAGUCAGACUCUUAGUCCCGGGCAGGGUGAUUCCAUUUCACGUUCCGCACCGGGCUCGCUGUAUGAGUAUCCCGUUGAGUAUCCCGCUACCUCGGGGGCUGAGGCAGGUGCCUUGUUCGAUCCUGCGUACUCUCUGCAGUCUUCUACACUGGCUGUUUCGAGUUCCCAGUUCGCCCGGACAAUGCCCAUGGUUAGUCCGCUCGAAGGGGUGAACCCUUUUGACUUCUCGCUGGACCCUGCGCUAGAACUGGGCGAGAACGCGUUGGGGUAUUUGAAUGAGGUCGAUAUGAAUAUGGAUUUGGAGAUGCCGGUUAUGGAGGAAGUGUUCCAUGUGGAGGAUUGGUCUAGGUAUAUGUGGUCGGCUGAGACUGGGUUUGAGCAUUUAGAUACUGGCUUCCCACCUGUGUCGCAGCAAUAA